CGAAGAUAGUGAAGCCUCUGAUAUAGAAUUAGAUACUGAACAUGUCAUCACUGAUCAUAAUAAUAAAGUGUAUUGCAAGUAUCAUUUAUGCGCUGAAGAAGGUUAUGGUAGUGCUUGGGUUAGCAAGAAUACCUGA